UGGUUUUCAUCGAUCCACCAUCACUGAAACGCGACAUUUCUUUACCAUUACUUUUCUAUCACCAGACAGCUGCAUCUGUCCCGUUUUGUGUUCCACCAUAGAUCAUUGUUUCCUGGCAGGCAUAUACGAUCCACUUACCGGCAUGAUGUCCCUAUCCGACAUGUCGUUCAUCGAAGAGCAAAGAUCAGCUCCUAUCGACCAACUUUUUGUCAAAAUUCUCAUUUACAUAUUUCAUCUGUGUAUUCUCGACUGCAGUUCUUGCUUCAAGCGUUCUGGUGUUAAUGACUACCUGAGGGGCCCAUGGAAGCUUGGGCAAAUAUGCUCGCCAUGGGGGCAAAUUGUCAACAACACACCGACUUUGUGGACACAGAUAUCACUUGCCGAUCGUGGAGUCGUGAAGGAUCCCGUGUCUAGGUUCAAGGUUUCCUCUCGAGGUGAAGAGGACGGUCUAUCAGCUCACUAUUGUUCAGUCGUAGCGGUGGGAGCACUUAACCAUCACCCCUGAUCGCGGAGUUAUUCAUUUUUUACCCGACAUUCCUGGCUGUCAGCCUAACAAACUGUCUCAUCUGACAGUCUAUUGUCAUGAAUUAUCGACACCUCAAUAUAUCGAUGCAUUCCAGGACACCCCCGCU